AUGGCGUUCACGAUGCACUCCCACUCGGGGCAAUUCUGCCCCGGCCACGCAAAGGACCAGCUCGAGGCCAUCAUCCAGCAUGCCAUCGGCAUCGGGUACAAGACCAUGGGUCUGACGGAACACAUGCCCCGUCUAGAGAUUGGAGACCUCUACCCUGAAGAGCUCGAAGAAGGAGACCCCCAAACAGCCCUCUCCAUCCUCGCCCCCCGCCACGAAGCCUACCUCGCCGAAGCCCAGCGCCUGCGCGAAAAGUACGCCCCGCAGAUCGACCUCCUCAUCGGCUUCGAGGGGGAGUGGUACCGCCCGGCCUACGGGCCGUUCAUCAAGUCCCUCGCGUCCCACCCGGCGGUGGACUACUUCAUCGGGUCGCUGCACCACGUCAACGCCAUCCCCAUCGACUACAGCCGGGACAUGUACGUCGAGGCGAUGAAGUCGGCCGGCGCCGACGAGGAGAGCAUGUACGCGCGGUACUACGACCAGCAGCACGAGAUGCUGACGGCGCUAGAGCCGCGCGUGGUGGGCCACUUUGACCUCGUGAGGCUCAUGAGCGAGGAUCCGGGGAGGGACGUGAGGCAGUGGAAGGGGGUGUGGGAGAAGAUUGUGAGGAAUCUGGAGGUCGUCAAGGGGUAUGGGGGCUUGUUGGAGUGUAAUAGCAGUGCGUUGAGGAAGGGUCUCGAUGAGCCUUAUCCGUGCCGACCUAUUGCAGAGACAUGGUUGGCGAUGGGCGGCCGCUUCACAUUCUCAGACGAUAGCCACGGCAUCGCACAGGUCGCGACGAAUUACAAACGCAACGUGAAGUACCUCGAGAGCCUGGGCGUGAAGGAGGUCUUCACGUUUGAGCGGGGGCCGGUGGAGGGGGUCAAUGGGGAUGCUAAGGCCGUGUUGCGGGAAAAGGGCGUUGGGUUGGCGGCGUUUCGGGAGAACUUCACCUAG